AUGAUGCGUCGUCGUCGUGAAUCAAAAUUUGAGCGACCAACACGUGCUGAUACUAUGGGUAGUGCCGUAUUCAAUUCAAAAGACACGCACAGUAUGCAUCAGUCAUUGAAUAGUGAAUUCAUGUUGUAUCAGCUUAUUCUGAAACGUAUACUAACCGAAAAAAAUAAACAGUCAACGACACCAAAUGGACUAUACGAUUAUUUCAAGCCCGAUGACGAAACUGAUCAACGUACUAUGAAAGAAUUUGAUAAGACCUAUAAACCAAGCACAGCCAUUUAUUGGUACACACGUGAAAGUUGUAUUUAUCGUAUGCUCAAUAAAGCUUUGCGAACACAAAAUAUCAACCAUUUACUGGGUUUCAGUUCCUUCGUCCGUGAUCUAUAUCAGCAGUUGGCACAAGAGCAAAUACCGUUUGUAAGAAAGCUUAAAUUCCCAAUGCUUCAAGUUUAUCGUGGGCAACUUAUUAGCAAAGAUGAAGUUAAUCGAAUGAAAUCUGGUGUCGGUCAAUUGAUUGCAAUGAAUUCAUUUUUGUCUACGAGUACAAAUCUAAAGAAAGCAUUAGAAUUCGCUACGGCUAAACCGCCACCUGUCGAUACAUUAACAUCAAUUUUACUUGAAAUUACGAUUUAUAUUGGAUCGUCGACUCGACCAUUUGCUGAUAUAAAACAUUUAAGUGCAUUUCCUACUGAAGAAGAAAUUCUUUUUAUGUUCGGUUCUGUUUUUCGUAUUGAUGAUCUUUAUGAAGAUAAAGAGAAAAAAAUUUGGCGAGUAAGAUUGACUUUAUGCAAUAAUGAUGAUGCUGAUUAUCAAGCAUUCAUGGAAACAUUAACAAAAGAUUUAAGCGGUAAAGAUGAUUUAGUAUCACUCGGUCACUACUUGCUUCAAAUGGGAAAAUUUGACGAAGCCGAAUCACAUUACCAAAUACUACUAGAAAAUAAUUUAAUUACAAAUCAAUACGAUAUAGCUACUUGUCAUCAUGGACUUGCACGAGUGAAUGCAAAAAAAGGCGACUAUGAUUUAGCAUUGAGUAAUAUUGGUACCGCAUUAGAAUAUUUAUUGAAACAGAAGAACGACAAAAGUUAUUCUCUCAUUGCACUAUGUUACAAUGACUAUGGUUCAGUAUAUAGUAAGAAAGGUAAUUAUCUAUUGGCUUUCGGUUACUAUGAAAAAGCAUUACUGACAAGAUACAACAAUAUUGCAAUAACCUAUGCUGGCAUUUCUGAAAUUCAUCUUCUAAUGGGUAAUUACCAUCUAGCAUUGGAGUUCCAAUAUAAACGUCUCGAACAACAAACAAAUACAGCACACUCAUUGAUUGCAAAUACAUAUAUUGAUAUUGGUAAAAUUUAUUCUCUAAUGAGACAACAUGAACAAGCCUCGAGCAUGUUUAAUCAAGCUAUUAGAAUUCAAAUGAGAACACUCUAUCCAGGCCAUCCUGAUAUCGGAUACACCUAUAGCGCUAUUGGAUUGAUGUAUUCAGAACUUGGUAAUGAAAAGAAAGCUUUUGAAUAUAUUCAAAAAGCAUAUCAAUUACAAUUACAAUCUUUACCGGACAAUCAUCCAGAUUUUUGUGAGACUUACACAAAUUUCGGAAAUCUAUACUUGAAAAAAGGAGAUUCAGAUCGAGCAUUGGUUUAUUUUAAAAAAUUACUUGACAGUCAAAUUAAGACAUUAUCAUCUAAACAUCCGUCAGUUGCUGAUACUUACACACUCAUCGGAAAAGUUUUCUUAGAAAAAUCCGAUUACAAACAGGCAUUAUUCUAUUAUAAAAAAUCACUCGAUUGUCAAUUGGAGAGAAAACGAUUCGGAGAUUCAUCAUUAUCGACUAUGUACCAAGUCAUAGCCGAGAUUAACGUGAAAGAUCAUGAUUUAGAUCAAGCAUUAGAAUACUAUCAUAAACUCUUGGAUAAUGAUCUAGAAAGAAAAGUAUUGGAAGAUCAAUCAUUUACUGAUACAUACAAAAUAAUCGGAGAUAUUUAUUGUGAAAAAGGUGAUUUUCGUCAAGCAUUAUUCUAUUAUUAUCGAUUACUUGAUUGUCAAUUACAAGCAAGACCAUUCAAAGAUUUAGCAAUAGUCGAGUCAUACACAAUGAUCGGAAAAAUCUAUAUGCAGAAACCAUUCGAUCAAAGUUUACUUCGUUUCAAUCUAUCUGUUGAUGAUCAAAUGCAAGCAUCUAUAUCAGAAAAUGCAUCCUUACUCUACGAUCACAUUAUUGUCGGUGAUAUUCAUUUUGAAAAACGACAUUUAGAUCAAGCAUAUACUUAUUUUAAACAGUUACUCGAAUCUCAACUGAAAAAAACGCCAUCUGAUCAUCAAGCAAUAAUUGACACUUUGAAAAUUCUUGGAAAUAUUUGUACUGAUAAACAUGAACUGGAACAAUCAUUAUAUUAUCUUCAUGAAUUAAUUAAAUAUGAAUUGCUAAGAAAACCAGUCGAUGAUCCAUCAUUAGGCAGCACCUAUAAGUUCAUAGGAAAAGUAUAUUGUGAAAAAAACUAUUUUGAAAUGGGAUUGAGCUAUUACAAUCGACUACUUGAUUCACAGUUAAAAAUGAAACCACUCAACGAUGCAUUGUUAAUCGAUUCAUAUAUAAUAAUCGGAAAAGUUUACUUGGUAAAGCCGUUCAAUAAAACAUUAGUACUAUUCAAUGCAUUGCUUGGGAAUCAAAUGCAAGUAAAUGGAUCGAUAGGUACAACAUCACCUGACAUUCUUCCAAUUAUGAGUAAUGAGUACGAUGAACAACGACAUCUAGAUCGAGUGUUCAAUUAUUUUCAACAAAUGCUCAAUAACCAAGAGAAAGCACCACUACCAAGUGACAUAUCAUUAACUGAUAUAUAUAUAAUUCUUGGAAAUAUUGCCAUUGAAAAAUAUGAUUGGAAUCAGGCAUUACUCUAUUAUCAUAAAUUGUUAGAAAAAACACUAGUAGAAAAUGCAUCGUUAAUUAACAUCUAUAAGAUCUUAGGAACUAUCUAUUAUAAAAAAAAUGAUCUCAAUCAAUCAUUAAUCUAUUAUCAUAAAGCUUUGGAUACUGAAUUAAUAGGAAAAAUAAUUGAGGAUCCGUCAUUAUCGGAGGUUUAUAAAAUUAUGGGAAAUAUUUUCUAUAAAAAACAUGAUUUACAACAAGCACUCAUCCAUUAUAAUCGAUUAUUGGAUUGUCAAUAUCGAACAAGGCCAUUCAAAGAUUCAUCUGUCGCUGAUACAUAUUCAAUGAUCGGAAAGAUCUACUCGGAGAAACCAUACGAUAAGACUUUACUCCGUUUUAGUACAUUCGUUACUGAUGAUAAGCGAACACCUUCAUCGAACGAUACAACCAUACUUAACGAUCAUACUAUGAUAGCUAAUAUUCAUUUCGAAAAACGGCAUGUAGGUGAAGCAAUGAAGUAUUUUCAAAAAAUAUACAAGAAGCAGUUAGAAACAGUGCCAUCAAAUCACCCGUCAUUACUCGAUUUAUAUAAAAUUCUCGUGAAUAUUUCUAUGGAAAAGAAUGAAGUCGAUCAAGCAUUAAGCUACUUCCACAAGUUACUGAAAAUCGAGUACGCGAAAAAACCGGUAGACGACCCAUCUUUUAUUAGAAUCUACAGAGUCAUGACACAUAUUUAUUUGCAAAAAAAUAAUGCUGAUAAAGCAGCACAUUAUGUUAAUCGAUUGCUUGAUUGUCAAUUCCAAAAAAAGGAAUUAAAUCGUUCAUCUCUAGCAGACGCAUACAUGAUGAUGGGAGAAAUUUACUUUAGUCAUAGUCAUUUGGAUCAAACGAAACGUUCUCUCAGUAGAUUGUACGAGACUGAACCAGAAAGAAUACCAUCAAUGAAUGAUGUUUACAAUGUUGUUCAAAAUGCUUUUAUAGAGAGACGUCAUUUAGAUGGAGCAAUAAACUAUUUUAAAGAAUUGCUUCUUAAUAAGCGACAAACAUUAUCAAAACAGGAUCCAUCAUUAAUCAAAAUUCAAAAAAUUAUCAGAAAUAUGUAUUUGAAUAAACGUGAUUUUCACCAAGCAUUAGCAUUUUUUCAACAAUUACAUGAUGAUCAAUUUCGAAGCAAUCCUGCAGGAGAUUUGGUGUUAGCUGAUAUCUACGAAAUCAUUGGAACUAUGUAUUCUGAGCUUGGCAUGCCUACUUUAGCUUUGGAAUAUUAUAGACACUCUUUGUCAAUCUACGAGCGAAUGGGUACGUCACAGAAUGGCGCAAUUAAAAAACUGAAGAAUGCAAUGCGCAAGCUUAUCGUAUCCGAUGAAACACUAUAG